GUUUCGAUUCCUGGGGUGUGAGGUACUGGGUGCCACGUUCUGGAUUCUGAUCGCGCCAGUCUUAUGGUCUUUCUUGCAGCUCUGCUGGUUUAGUUCAUUAUCAACGCUUGAGACUCCGACUUGUGAUAUACAAAAAUAGAAAGACGAGGCAGUCGGAAUAAUUCGGCAAUUCGGAAGCCCUUGUUCCCCGAUCUUCUGAAGCGUUUUUUUUGUUCGGUGAAAAUUUGUUGCAGUGCAGCAUGAAAUAUAUAAAUUGCACUCAGCCCGCCAUCGAUGACUUCCCCCGAGACCUGUUCUCGGAGGCGCAAAGACAGUCUGGUGCUGUUGUACUUCAUGUUAUAGCCAGUUUAUAUUUAUUUGUAGCCUUAGCCGUAGUGUGUGAUGAGUACUUUGUGCCAGCAGUUGAGAAAAUAUGUGCAGCACUCAACAUGUCCAAUGAUGUGGCGGGUGCCACGUUCAUGGCCGCGGCCACCUCCGCCCCAGAGCUAUUUGUCAACGUGAUAGGAACCUUUAUCACGGAGGGCGACAUCGGAGUGGGCACGAUUGUCGGAUCGGCGGUAUUCAACAUCCUGGCAGUGGCCGCGUGCUGCGGAAUCGGAGCUGGCAUGACAAUACCCCUGGACUGGUGGCCACUUACGCGGGACAGCAUCGCAUACGGAGUUACAGUGGCCAUUCUCAUUUGUGUGAUGCACGACGAGCGCGUCGAGUGGUAUGAGGCCCUCAUCCUGGUCUCCCUGUAUGCCGUCUAUCUUGCGGUCAUGUAUUUCGACAAAUCUUUCCAAAAGUGCGCCAAAGGUGGCGUCAAGCAGGCUCGUUCUCGCAGCCGGUCCUCCAACUGCAGCAUACAUACAAAGAACAGCAACGAGAAGGAACCAGAGCUCGUGGAAAACCGCAUUUGUCAGAACAUGGCGAACAUACAGCUAAACGGAGGACUUAACAAUGAACAGGCCAAGGCCACAAGCACAGCCGGAACCGGUACCACCACCGUUUCGAUAACCACCUCGACCAUGACCACAACUUUGAGCACCACCCACAGUGCCGGAGCAGGAGGAGGAGGUGGAGCAGUUGGUUCAGCACCAGGGGCCAUUGUGCAGAUGGCACCAAUAGACGGUGCCGAGGCAGAAUCUCAGGUGGCCGUAGCAGGCGCUGACGAGGAACGUAAGGAGGAGGGAUACUCGCUGCUCACAUACCCGAAGGACAAGAGCUGCUUUUCCCAGUUUACCUGGCUCAUCAUUUGGCCGAUCCAUCUGCUAUUUCGCAUUGCCAUUCCUGACUGCAAGAAGGCCAAAAACAAUAAGAUUUUCCCACUGACCUUCAUCAUGUGCAUAGUUUGGAUCGGAUCGCUUUCCUAUGUAGUUGCGUGGAUGAUAACCAUAAUUGGAGACACACUAAAGAUUCCUGACUCGGUGAUGGGGAUAACGUUCCUGGCAGCUGGUACCAGUGUUCCUGAAGCGGUGUCUAGUGUUAUUGUGGCGAAGCGCGGUCACGGAUCGAUGGGAAUCUGUAACUCUAUUGGGUCAAACACCUUCGAUAUCCUGCUGUGCCUGGGGGUUCCCUGGCUGAUCAAAGCAGUAUUUUUCCCGAUCCAACCAGGCCAAAACUACGUGGCCAUAAACUCCGCCGGAUUGGAGUACUCGGCGAUCACUUUGUUGUCGACACUGUUCCUGCUUUACCUGACCUUCUCCACAAACAAGUUUAAGCUGGACAAGAAGGUGGGCACUGCCUGUCUGGUGAUGUAUCUGGUCUUCAUGGUUUUCGCCUCCCUCAUCGAACUUAAUGUGUUCUUCCGCGUCAACCUGCCCACCUGCGGACGAUCAUGAAAUUGGUCUGCGUCUAAGAGUUGUGGGAUAUACGAAGGACGACCUGUAAAAUGUGACGUUUUGAUGAGCGAUGUACCAUUUCGGAUGAAUAGAUGGAGUGAAGAGAUGACAGUCUUCUGGCGCUAGCUCCGUUUCCGAUUCAGUUUGCGGCAGCUGGCUGGAACAAUCCUAAGUGCAGUGGUUUAAUUAAUUAAUAUGUAUUUUCUGUUCUAUUCUAUCUACUUUGAUAGUUGAGUUACGUUAUACGUUAUGCUGUUAUUGUAAUAUUUUUUUUUUAUUAUUAUUAAAGUAGACUCUUUCACAA